ACUUAUAUCAUCAUACAUAAUGCAUUUUGCAUUCCUUAACACUGGAGACUAAACGGUUGCUAAGAGGUGUAAUCCCAACACCACUCUUCCACUGCACAGACUUUCCUCCUCUCUCUCCUCAUUCAUCUCGCCCUUCAUCUCUAAAUGCUGGCAGCAACAUGUCUGCUCAUGACGCCAGUUGAUUCCUCAAAGAGUGUUAUCACCUGUGAUAAUGCCCGUGAUGUUCAGCGCCUCAGAUGUGAUUCUGGAGUGAUCAUGGUUGAGGCAGCACUGUAUGGACGUCAAAACACGAUGUUCUGCAGUGCAGGCAGGGAUCCGGAUCAGCUUGCCGAUACCGAAUGUGCUCAGGACGGCACAAUGGACAUCAUCAAGAAACGGUGUGAUGGCAAGAUGACGUGUGAGUUUGACACACGUAUAGUCCGUACCUCUGAUCCCUGCGUUGGCAUCGACAAAUAUCUACAAACCAACUACACCUGUGUCCCAGCGUUUCACAUGGCUACCUGCGAGCACUCUUACGCAACAUUGUCUUGUAGUGAGGGGCGGGUUAUAUUUGUCUAUGGUGCUGACUUUGGACGUCGGGACAGGACCACAUGCUCUCACAUGAGAACUGCCGCUCAAAUCGCAGAUGUUGAGUGCUCAGACCCCACCGCAUUAGUUGCUGAAAGGUGCAAUGGGAAGUCCAGCUGCAUGAUCAAAGCCAGCGACUCAGUCUUUGGGGACCCCUGUCCAGGCAUUACCAAGUACCUGGAGUUGGCUUACGUAUGUGAAUAUACUGUGAAGGCUCCAGAGGAAUCCGACCACAUGAUGGAAUAAAGAAAAAAGAUCUUUAUACACAUUCAUUAAAAGAGUGAUAUAAAUUCAGCACUAUGUAUCCUACAUCAGGCUCUGCUAAAGGAGUCUUCAACACAGUGAAUUACAAAAUCAUAACAAUAAACUGUCUGAAAUAAAUUACA